CUUGAAUUUUUCGAAGUCCUUGACUCAACCCUACAAAAUGUUUCCAGCGCACAAGAAUUUUGUGAAAAAUUAAAUAGAAAUGAAUAUCUGUUUAGCUUCAGAUUUCUUCUUUCCCAAUCAUGGCGGUGUUGAAGAACAUAUUUACAAUUUAUCACAAUGUUUAUUAGCUCGUGGACACAAAGUUAUCAUAAUUACUCAUUCGUAUGGUAAUCGAAAAGGAAUUCGGUACAUGACAAAUGGACUUAAAGUUUAUUAUCUACCGAUCAGAGUGUUCUAUAAUCAAUGCAUUCUUCCAACUAUGAUCUGCAAUAUUCCAAUCUUAAGAAAUAUUUUUAUCAGAGAACAAAUACAAAUUGUUCAUGGACAUUCAGCGUUUUCCGCUCUAGCACAUGAAGCAAUGCAAGUCGGAGUAUUGAUGGGAUUAAGAGCAAUUUUCACUGAUCACAGUCUUUUUGGAUUUGCUGACCUCUCUGCUGUUGUGACAAAUAAAUUUCUUCAAAUUUGCUUGGCUUUCACCAAUCAUUGCAUUUGUGUGUCACACACAGGAAAAGAAAAUACUGUUCUCAGAGCUCGAAUGCCAGCAUCAAGUGUUUCUGUGAUUCCGAAUGCUGUCAAUGCAUCUCAAUUUAUACCAAAUCCUAGAAAUCGAGCUUCGCCUGACACAAAUAUCAUUACAAUCGUCAUAGUUUCUCGUCUUGUUUAUAGAAAAGGAAUCGAUUUACUUGCUGGAAUCAUUCCAUACUUUAAACAUCAACGAAACAUUAAUUUCAUCAUAGCUGGUGAUGGUCCAAAGAGAGAAUUACUUGAAGAAAUCAGAGAAAAAAAUAACAUGCAAGAUCGAAUUCAAAUGCUUGGAGCGCUUGAGCAUUCUGAUGUUCGUGAUGUUCUAACAUGUGGACAUAUUUUCUUAAACACUUCACUAACAGAAGCGUAUUGCAUGGCAAUUGUCGAAGCAUGUUCUGUUGGUCUUCACAUUGUAUCAACGAAGGUCGGCGGUGUUCCUGAAGUUCUACCAGAAUAUCUCAAUGUUAUACUUUCAUCACCUGACGUCAGGUCUUUAAUCUUAGCUUUGGAAGAGACGAUAGCAAAAAUUAUACGACAUAGGAAAGGAAUCAUCUACGAUAAUGAAAUUGUUUGUCCAUACGAAAUAAAUCAAAUUGUUUCAAAAUUAUAUAAUUGGACUGAUGUAGCAAUAAGAACAGAAAAAGUUUAUAAAAAAGUUCUUGAUGAGCCUGAAAAGACGUUGAAAGAUAUUAUGAAGACAAUUUUAUCACGAAGUGGUUUUUAUCUUUAUCUCUUGGUCGUUUCCCUUUGCCAUCUGAUUUUGAAAUUCAUGAAUUGGUUUCAACCAUCAAAUCAAAUUGAUAUUUGCCAUAAUUACAAUCAGCGUUCCAAGGAGAAGCAGAAAACCAAACUUUGACAAACAUGAUUAGAUAAACAAUUUUCAAAUUCAAUUCUACAAGACUUAAAAUUGCCUCUUAAAUUCUAAUGAAAAUGCC